CGACCAAAGCUCAGGCGUGAUGGCGGCUUGUUCUUUCUCUUCUCCCUUUCCCCCGAUCAUGGUUCCUCUCCGCCGGACCUUGUUCUCUUGACGUUGGCGGCGAGGUCCUCUUCUUUGUCUUGAGCCUUUGCUUUCCCCUCCUUGAGAAUCUAGGAAAAGCCUCGGUCCAUAUUUGAUCUUUAAUGACAUGGAGGAAUACCUUGAAGCUGGUUUUCCCAAGCUUGUCCUGUUGUUUGUUGCAAUCAUCAUUUCUCUGAUUGCAAUUCGUUUGACGUAUGUUUUCCUAAGGAGUGGAAAACCAUUUGUAGUUCCACCAGAGCGUGUUAGCACUAUGAUUGUUCUCGGGUCAGGUGGUCACACGGCGGAGAUGCUUAGCAUAGUGAAUGUGCUCAACAAGGAGAGAUUCUCACCAAGGUUUUAUGUUUCCGCCGCAACUGAUAACAUGAGUCUUCAAAAGGCGCAGGUUUUAGAGCAAUCUUUGUUGCAUCAAGGGAAGGGCAAUGCAGAGGCUGCUCAGUUUAUGCAGAUUUACCGCAGCCGUGAAGUGGGACAAUCUUAUAUAACCUCUGUUGGGACUAGUUUAAUUGCAAUUGCACAUGCUAUAUGGUUCAUAUUGAAAAUCAGACCUCAAGUGAUCAUUUGCAAUGGUCCAGGUACUUGUAUUCCACUUUGUGUUGCAGCAUUCAUGUUCAAGGCAGCAGGCCUUCGUUGGUCAUCAAUCUUCUAUAUUGAGAGUAUUGCAAGAGUGAGAAAGCUAUCAUUAAGCGGCUUGUUGCUUUACAAACUACACCUUACCGAUCAAUUUGUGGUGCAAUGGCCACAGUUGCAGAGCAAAUAUCCCCGAUCACAAUACGUUGGUCGCAUCAUGUAAAGCUUUUGCCGCUACCGCUCCAGAACUUCACAGAUUAUCAUCUCCAAAUGUUCUGAGUUUUAUCAAUGCAGUAGUAUCUGCUACUUCUGUAAUGUGUUUAGAUUAAGGGAAAAAAUAUCGAAAGAUAGAAAAGGAAGCAAGAAGUGAUAUCGCUUUAUUGUUCUUGUUUGCUGUCAAUUGAAUCAAAUGAAUGACACAAAUGUCCAUCAAUGGAGAUUUUUCUCU